AUGGCCGACAUACCCAGACCUACCACGCCCGAGUCUCUGGCCAAGCAGAACAUCAAUGAUGUUGCCUCGGAGCGGCUUGGGGAGACGUGGACGGUGGAGGACGAGACGAAGGUGGUACGCAAGAUCGACUGGCAUUUGAUGCCGCCGAUGACAGUCGCCUACAUGCUUCAGUUCCUCGAUAAAAUUACUCUGAAUAAUGCCUCCAUCAUGGGCAUCAAGCAAGAUCUCCAUCUCACCGGAUCGGAAUACUCCUGGGCCAGUAGUAUCUUCUACUUUGGCUACCUCGUUGCCGCCUACCCUGCUUCGAUCGGUUUGGCUAAGCUUCCCCUCGGCAAAUUCGGUCGCACUGACGCCAGUCUUCUUUCUAGCAUCACCUGGGGAGUCCUGCUAGCACUUCAUGCCGUCCCGCACAACUUUGCCGGCUUGAUGGUUUUGAGAUUCUUUUUGGGCGUAUUUGAAAGUGUCAUCAGCCCUGCCUUCAGUCUGAUUGUCUCCAUCUGGUAUAGACAGGAAGAGCACGCAUCCCGACACAGCAUCUGGUCCGCCGGCAAUGUCGGAGGCUCCAUCGUUGGCUCGUUUGUUAGUUUUGGUAUCGCCCACAUCACGGGAUUCCCAGCUUGGAAGGCUCUUUUCAUCCUCUACGGCGGACUCGGCUUUCUCUGGGGCCUUGUGCUCCUAUUUUUGCGCCCCGAUGGCCCAUCCAAGGCAAGGUUCCUCACUCCUGAGCAGCGGGAGCUUGCUGUCAACCGUGUGUCUUCCUUCCGGCUAGACAGGGCGCGCAAAUACGACAUUGCCGAGAUCAAGGAGGCUCUUUGCGACGUCCAGACAUGGAUCAUCGCAUCUUGGGCACUGCUCACUUGUUUUGGAAACAGUGCGCUCACUGCUAUGCCGAUCUACGUGAUCAUUGCUCUUUUGGUGACUGGCAUGGUAGGGGCAAUCAUGGUCCGCCAGGUCGAGGCACCCCAAAAGGGAGCUCGCUUUUUUGGCAUGCUCCUCUUCUCGAAAUUCACCUGCGCUUUCCCGCUGGUUCUGUCCUUGAACGCCUCGAACAUCGGUGGUCAGACCAAGAAGACGUUUGCGAGCGCCAUGUUCUUUAUUGCCUACUGUGUCGGCAAUAUUGCAGGUCCGCAGGUCUUCAUCGCUAGUGAGGCACCGAGCUACCCAACAGCAUUUGCUACCAUGAUCGUCACUGUCGGUGGUGCAGCAAUCGUCAUGGCUACGCUCCGAGUCGUGUUGACACGUAGAAACAGGAAGCGUGAUGAUGAGUUUGGCCCCCCAUCUGAGGACAUCACGGAAGAGUCUGAAGAUGCUCAGCGCACGGACUGGCAAUCCAAGAAGACCUUCCGGUAUCGUUAUUGA